GAUAUAUUCCAAGGGGUUCAUCAGGUCUGCCCCAAGUACAGCUGAGAAGCUGUGCUAUACCUUUCCCUGGUGAAUCUGAUCAGACAACAGGGAUCUCACAAUGGGUUCCAUCAGUGCAGCAAAUGCAGAAUUUUGUUUCGAUGUAUUCAAAGAGGUGAAAUUUUACCGCAGCAAUGACAACGUGCUCUUUUCCUCCCUGAGCAUGCUUUCAACCCUGGCCCUGGUGUAUAUGGGAGCAAGGGGUAAGACUCAGUCCCAGAUGGAGAAGGUUCUUCACUUUGACAAUGUUACAGGAGAUGGAGAAAUUUCUGAUUCCCAGUGUGGCACUCCUGAAUACAUCCACAAAUCAUUCAAGGAUCUUCUCUCAGACAUCAGCAGGCAAAAUGCUACUUACUCACUCAGGAUUGGUGACAGACUCUAUAUUGAAAAAACAUACCCUAUUCUUGAGGAAUACAUAAAGUGUGCAAAGAAAUUCUAUAGAGCAGAGCUGGAAGAAGUUGACUUCAAAACAGCUGCAGAGGAAGCAAGACAGCUCAUCAAUUCCUGGGUGGAGAAAGAGACAAAUGGACGGAUCCAAGACUUCCUUGUGUCAGACUCUGUUGAUCUCAACACUGCACUGGUCUUUGUGAAUGUCAUUUACUUCAAAGGGAUUUGGAAAACUGCAUUUAAAGAAGAACACACUCAGGAAGAGCCUUUCAAUGUGACUGAGCAAGAGAGCAGACCCGUGCAAAUGAUGCGUCAGAACAACACCCUCAAAGUGGCAAGAGUGGCUGAAGACAAAAUUAAGAUCCUGGAGCUUCCAUAUGCCAGUGGAGAGCUGAGCCUGUUGGUGCUGCUGCCUGAUGACAUCUCUGGCCUGGCACAGCUUGAGAACAAAAUCAGCUAUGAAAAACUCUUGGAGUGGACCAGUCCCAAGGUGAUGGAAAAGAAGAGGGUGAGAGUGUACCUCCCACGCAUGAAGAUUGAGCAGAAAUACAACCUCACAUCUGUCUUGACAUCCCUGGGUAUGACCGACCUGUUCAGCCCCAGGGCCAACCUCUCUGGCAUCUCUUCAGCAGAGGGCCUGAGGAUAUCUGAGGCCAUCCACGAGGCAUACAUGGAAGUCACUGAAGAGGGCACUGAGGCAGGUGGCUCAGAGGUUGUGACUGGAGACAUCCAACAUUCCUCUGAGUUUGAAGAGUUCAGGGCUGACCACCCAUUCCUUUUCUUGGUUAAGCACAAUCCGAGCGACAUGAUCCUCCUCUUUGGUAGAUACUGUUCUCCCUAAGGAGGAAAAGGGCUGGAAAUAAUGCUUGCCUAUCCCUAAGAAACAGACCCCCUUUACUCUAGUAUUGUAGUAUAAUCUCAUCCCUUCACUAUCUCUAAGUGGAAAGCCUUCAAUAUCUAGGAAGAAAUUCCAGAAGAAGUGUGUGACUUUUCAGAUUUUGGGGUUGUAGAUAUUUCUGCUUAAGUUGUACUUAGGAAUUAUAUCCAGGAAUAAAUCAGACCUUCAAGAGGUAGCUCAGAAGUAUUUUCCAUCGUGAUUGAAUGACUUAAGAUUCAGGACCAGUGUUUUGAUUCUUGUGAAAAAUUCUGACACUGAUAUUGAAAGUCUGUUUUUUCUAUAGGAGUUCUCUGAAAUAAACACAGCUUUUAGAAUAAUCUUGUUUCUUUCUGUUGAACUCGUUGGGCAACCAUGCUUGAAUCGAUGCCUGGACAACUUGCAGACAAAAUUCAUUAUUUCAGCAAAUAAUUCUUCUUUUGAGUGCAUUGGUGCUUCCUUGUGCUGCACAUAUUGUAAGGCUAAGGUCUCUUGUUCUGAGGGGGCAUGCAGAAAGUUUACCAUGCCUUCUUAAAUCAUCAUCUCCAAACAUAACACCUUCCUGACUGAUACAAUUUCCCAUCUUUAUUCCCGUGACAUGUCAUUGAUUUUGUGAAUGUCAAUUGUUGGUCAUUCUAUUUAUUCUAAUAAAAGCAUU